AUUUCGGAAAAAAUGUUAUAGUGUUUAUUUUUGGCUAAAACAAAUGAUAAAAAAGUAUUAUAUACAAUCAUGGAAUAGUGUUAUGUAAAUAAGCUGCUUCAAAACGACACUGUUCAUUCAAUUCUAUCGAUAAUUAAAAGGACGCGUUAGUUGACAUUUUUGCGGGAGAAUGGUGUUGGCAAAGGGCCUGAGGCCUCUACAGGUGGCUUCCGUGAUACUAUUUGUGAGGAUUCUGUCCGUGUUCCUGGUGAAGACGUGGUAUGUGCCUGAUGAGUACUGGCAGACCUUGGAAGUUGCUCAUAAGCAAGUGUUUGGGUAUGGAGCCGUGACUUGGGAAUGGCAGAACGGUAUCCGUAGUUAUCUUUACCCAAGUAUAGUGGCUGCGAUAUACACCAUACUCAAAUACACUGGACUGGACUACCCUGAAGCACUGAUUCUCCUGCCUCGCAUCCUGCAAGCUAUAGUAAGUGCUGUAGCCGACUACAGUUUCUACAAAUGGACAGGCAACCGCAAAUGGGCUCUAUUCCUGAUCCUCACAUCAUGGUUUUGGUUCUACACUUCUGGUAGAACUCUGCUGCAGACCUUGGAGACUGCCCUAGUAGCUGUGGCCUUGUCCCUGUUCCCGUUCAAGAGUGGGAAGCUAGGAUAUUAUGAACAAGAGAACCCUCAAUGGAUAUGGCUGGCAGUACUGGCGGUGUUCAUACGGCCGUCGUCGGCGCCGCUGUGGGCGGUGCUAGGCGCGUACAACUUGCUCACCACUAACCAAGGACGGCUCAAGCUUUUUGUUCGCACUUAUUUGCCUAUCGCUGUGGUAGCGGGUGGCGCCCUCGUGGCGUUAGACUCGUACUACUACGGCCGUCUCGUCAUCACGCCCUGGGAGUUCUUCAGGUUCAAUGUUCUAAACGAUAUCGCUUCUUUCUAUGGACAGCACCCAUGGCACUGGUACCUAACUCAAGGAAUUCCUGCACUGUUAGGCAUAAACCUGAUACCAGUUUUGUGGGCAAUUAGCAAUAUUCUGCGACGACCAAAGGAAAACAAGAUCGGAAGCCUACUCCUGACUGCUGCUGUUCUAUAUGUAGCUGUAUACAGUUUCAUUCCGCACAAGGAGUUCCGCUUCGUGCUGCCGUUGCUGCCCAUCUUCUUAUAUCUCGCGCAAGAUGUCAUCGUGCCCUGGAGUCGGAAGGCGCAGAAAUGGCAUCUAUACCUUGUAGCGGGUCUCAUCUUGGUCGGCAACGCGGCGCCGGCGGCGUACUUCGGCACGGUGCACCAGGCCGGCACCCUGCAGGUGAUGCCGCUGCUAAGAGAAGCCGCGCAUAACAGGAGCUCUGUCACCUUCCUUAUGCCGUGCCAUUCUACGCCCUUGUAUAGCCACCUGCACCUGAACAUAACGACCCGUUACCUUCACUGCGAGCCGCCUAUCAACGGCUCAGCGAGUAACUACGAAGCCGAGGCCUUCUUCAACAACCCGCAGCGCUGGUGGAGAACUGAACAUGCUUCCCGACAGACGCCUGACCUAGUUGUGCUGUUUGACCGACUGCGGGGAAGAGUAGAGAGCUUGCUGUCCGGGUAUAAGCUGAUCCAUGAGAUACCGCAUACACAGUUUCCAGAAGGCGAGGUGAGUGAAAACGUACUGGUUUUCCAAAAGGCUCAAUCUCCACCCAAGACUGUAGUUGACGACGUCGUGUAAAUCUACGAGUGUCUCCGUUAAACUGUUCAUGUUAGUGAACCCAGUUAUGUAGCAACGUAGUUACAGCGAACGAUUAUGGUUCUUAUUGCUCAACGAAUAAGAGCCGUAAUGGUACGAGUAUAGACUGUUUUUGAGGUAACUUACAGAAAAAAAAUCAAAGAAUGCACAGUGCCAAAUUUUAAUUCAAUUUUUUUGAAAGUAUAGCCGUGUAAUAAGCUCAUAUGGAGCUUGUAAUCUAUGAAAAUCAUUGAGAGAAUAUUUUUAAGUGUGUGGAAUAGCAAUGUUUGAAUUAGUUAAUAAUCGGGCACAGUGUAAUAGAGUUAACUCAGCUUCGGAAACCAGUCUAUGCUUUUAAAGGUAGUUGCUAUGUAUGUAGAAACAUUUCCGACGAUGCUAUAGCAAAACAAACCGAUCCCUUUCGACAUUCACGAUUAUCAAUCUUAUUUUUAUAAUUCGAAUUUACUAUUCGACUAAAAUUAAUUGGCUUUUGGUAUUAAAUUAAUAAAUUAAUUAUUAUUAUUAAUUAUUGAUUAUAUGGGAAUGUUAUCCCAUAAUAAUGUGUUCGUAAUAGAAAAUUUACAAUUUAUUGUGUAGUUUUACAUGAUUUUGAACUACGAAUAUUGAAUUAUAUAUUAUACAUGAAUAGUUAUAUAAUAUCUCAAAUACCAUUAUAAUGAUAUGUUUCAAUACUUCAAUGACUUAUUAAAUCCUUUUAAUUUCAAGGUAAAUAAAACGCAUUGUUGAAAGAAAUGAAAUAACUUAUGAAAAGUUGACUAUAAAACUACUGUGACCAAUUUACUUACGAUAUGACCACUUAAUAGAUAAUGAAAUAUGAAUUGUUUCUUCGAGCCUUUUGUCUAAAUGAAUUGUGCGCAAGUGUCGAUUAAUUUCAGUAGUGCUCCUAUGAAUUAAUGGUUAUUUUGAAUAUACAGCUUGUUUAAUUGAAAUGCUCGUUUGACCGUCGAUCGAGCUUCUUGCCGUCGGUACCGUUGGUUCUAUUCGACACGUCAACGAGUCAUCACUUAAUAAAAAAAUGAACUUUUUAUGCAACGUGGAUACAUAUUACAAAGACUAAUGGAGUGACGUGUCUUGUUUUUCUUCUGCAUAAAGCCUCCUUCUAAUAUUUCGUGGUCAUAUCGCAUUAAUGGGUAAUUAUAAUAUAUUUGAUAAGACGUGUAUGUGUGUGUACAGAAGAACAUAAUCAUCGUGAAAUCAGUCCGCCAUUCACCACAUCCAUGACUGAGCUUUGCAAGACGCAAGUACAAAUCGUAUACAUUUUAUGUAGUUUAUAUACUUGCCAAAGUUAUUCAUAAAGUGUUAUGAUGUUAACGUAUUUUGUGCUACGCCCGACUGGAAAUAUACAUACUUAUAUGUAGAUGAUUUAAGAAUUACAUAAAGCAUUUUUUUAUUUGUCAGUGUCUUCAAAAAAAUGAGCCUAUGUUAAGAGUUAAUCCUCUCGUGUAUUUUUUAAUCAAAUUGCCAAGCCCUGCCAAUUUACCUCAUUAAUUUAAGAUGUAUGUUGUCUCAAUAAUCGUCACCAUCUUUCAUUGUAAGUACCGCUCAUUAAAACGAUCAUUUUAUAUUUUUAGUCGGGCCCAUUAUAUUUAUUUUGUUAGACAGAUUUAUUUUUCAUUUUGGCAUUUUUGAGGAUAUCACCACAUCCACCGAAAAAUCAUCAUAAUAGAUUUAAGAACUGAAUUAUCUUCAAGUAAAGGUUUAUAUGUUGAAAUCGAAAGCCUAGUGGCUCAGGACAAUAGGGUUAAAUAAAAAUUAGAUAGUACAUGAUAAAAUUCGCAUUCUCAUAUUAUUAAAAGAUGCUUGCUUAAGUUGCUAUCUAAAAUGCAAUAGAAAUCUCGUAGUACAUUUUAUUUUAUGAGCGAUUAACACCUUUGCUUGAAGCUGGCUAGUAAAAUAAAAAGAAUAUUUCAAACUUUUUAAAUUAAUUAUUAUUCAAUGUCUAUGGUUUUGAAUUGCAAUACAUUAUUAAGAAUUCUUUUAUAACGUAAUUAUAGAAAUUAGAUUUAUAUGUAUGUUAGGGAUGCUCAAAAUGUAAAGACAGACAAGUAUUUUAAGAUCUCUUUGUCUUUGUUAAUACUUUGACACUAAUUUGUUGUCGUUACUUUUAGUGUUGCUUUUUUUCUGGCUACCUUGUGACAUAGAUGGAAUUAAGAUAAAAUUCACACUAGCUACUUAUUGUAGUUAAAAAAAAACACUUCAGUAGAGUUUUUUACGAAGGUAGAAAGUUAUGAAACAACGCCAUAAGUACGGCAACGCAACCCAUUUCAAUUGUAUUUUAAAAUGAUCAAGGGUAAACAAGCGUUAUUUUGUGUAAUUAAACUUGACAGAUUUAAGUCGCAUAAUACGCUAAACGGAGCGUAAUUUACGCUACAGAAAUUACGCUUGUUUUCCUUGAAGCUCAGUAUUUGCUGUAGACUUACUAGAAUUUGUCAAGAUUCCUGCCGUGUAUACUCAUCAUGUUUAACACUGCUUUGUAUGGAAGUAGUGGUCCGUUUACCUAUAAUAUGAGCGUCAUCAUCAUCAUCCUCCGAGCCUUUUCCCAAUCAUGUUGGGGUCGGCUUCCAGUCUAACCGGAUUCAGCUGAGUACCAGCGCUUUACAA